AUGUCAUCGAAGAAGAUGAUCACUCUGAAGAGCUUGGACGGACAGACUCUUGAGGUAGAAGAAGCGGUGGCGAAGAAGUCGCUUAUGAUCAAGAAUAUGAUCGAGGACGACGAUGUGAUGGACGACGAUGUUGAGGACGACGACGAAGACCAUGUCGUUCAUCUGCGGAAGGUGACUCACAAGGUUCUGGAAAAGGCCAUGGAGUACUGCAAGAGGCACGUUGACGAAGACGAGAAUAAGGUGGUGAACGAGAACGAGCUCAAGGCGUGGGAUCAAGACUUUGUUGUCAAGACUGACAAAUCCACCCUCUGCAAUCUUCUUCUUGCUGCGUACUACUUGAACAUCGAGAGCCUGCUGCUGCUGCUAUCCAAGAACGCCUUUCAUCACAAGACAAGUGAGGGGAAGAAGCCCAUGGAGGAUAUGCGAAUCCUUCUGGAAUGUCAACAAUGA